AUGUCUUACAACAAGGACAAGGACUUCGCCGGUGAAGGCCCAAAAACCCACAAGAUCAGAAUCACUCUUACCUCCAAGAAGGUCGAUUCCCUCGAGAAGGUCUGCCGUGAACUCAUCGAGCGUGCCAAGGGCAAGGAACUCCGUAUCAAGGGACCAGUCCGUCUCCCAACCCAAACCUUGAAGGUUACCACCCGUAAAACCCCUUGUGGUGAAGGUUCCAAGACUUGGGAUUGCUUCGAGAUGAGAAUCCACAAGCGUUUGAUUGAUCUUAACGCUCCUACCGAGGUUGUCAAGCAAAUCAUCAUCAACAUCGAAGCUGGUGUUGAGGUUGAGGUUACCAUCGCUGCAUAA